UUUAAUCAAAACGAGGCAGUAACGCACCGAGUGUUGGUAACGAUCGCAGCGUAAUCAUCUUAUCGGUGGACCAAAUGGAAACUCGGCGUUUGGCAAACAUAGUUGCACUUUUCGCUGUCUGCGCCUUCCUUGGCACCUUAAAAGCAUCGAACGAACAAACGUUUGGUCUGUAUCGUCAGAAGUCGUACUAUUUUGGCGAUGCAUUUGCGCUAAACUGGUUCAAAGCGUGGGACUUUUGCCGCUCCCGCGGGAUGUUUCUACUGUCCAUCCGCAACCAACCGGAACUGGAUGCUGUGGUGGAAUACCUGGAGAAGGGUGGUGUCUCGAAGGUGACCGACCAUCUACAAUUUUGGACCUCGGCGAAUGACCUUGGCCAGGAAGGACAGUUCUUCUGGGCAUCGACGGGCGAGCGGAUGCGGUACGAUCGGUGGACGGAGAAUGAGCCAAACAAUGGGCGGCAGGGCGAAUGUAGAUUCGAAAAUUGUGUUGUUAUACAGCGAAAUCUCAACGUAGAUCUUAAAAUUAACUACACAUUUGACGAUCGGACGUGCGAUACGCCUUUUAUGUUCAUGUGUGAAACUCUCUACGAUUAGCGGGUACGCUCGUGUUCGGAACAGGAAGCAAAAGGGAAUCGAUUGAUUGAAUAGUUUUUGUGUUAGGAUCACCAUGUUUCGAAUACUGGUGGAUGAUGUGAAUGUAUUUUUCGCUCAUCGCAUAGCAUUCGGAAGAUGUGAACCGGAAGCCUUGAAAGCCCAUGAACGCAUACCAUGCGUGGUUGGUAUGCGUGAACAUGAACAGGUUCCUUCUGCUCGAUCUUCGCGGUCUACCGAUCUAGGUCGAUUGACGCUAAACAAUAAACAUUGGGCUUUAAUCAGUAUUGUUG